UAAACCACGCCCACGUGAUAUGGCGCGAAUUUUUUUUUUUUCCCCCUUCCAGGAAGACGGUGUCGCUCACAUUAGCUUCUCUGUCCCUCGUCUUUAACCGUUAAUCCUACAUAUAUUAUUCACAUUAUGGCGGACGCGCUGUCGGAGGCGAGCGACCUGAGCGGAGGAGAGGAGAGCCAGGACGAGGAUGUGCUGACCCCGCCCGAACUCAUAGCCAGGCUGGAGGAGGCCUGGCUUAAUGAGAAGUUCUCCCCUGAGCUGCUGGAGAACAAAUCGGAGCUGGUGGAGUGUGUGAUGGAGCAACUUACACACAUGGAGGAGAACCUGCAGCGUGUGAAGAAGGGUGACCUGAAGGCCAGCAUCCACCGCAUGGAGAUCGACCGCAUCCGCUUCGUCCUCAGCAGCUUCCUCCGCUCCCGACUGCAGAAGAUCGAGAAGUUUUUCCCUCACGUGUUGGAGAAGGAGAAGUCACGAGCCGACGGCGAUCCCUCGUUCCUCUCCCCCGAGGAGUUCGCCUUCGCCAAAGAGUAUCUAGCGAACACAGAGGUGUACCUGAAGGCCGUAGCGCUCAGACACAUGCCUCCGAACCUGCAGAGCGUCGACAUGCUUAAAGCAGUUCCAGAGCCGUGUCUGGACUCCUUUGUGUUCCUGCGUGUGAAGGAGAGACAGGAGAACAUCCUUGUGGAGCCUGAGACUGACGACCAGAGGGACUAUGUGGUGGACCUGGAAGAAGGUUCACAGCACUUGAUGCGUUAUCGCACUAUAGCGCCCCUAGUGUCGAGCGGUGCAGUGCAGCUGAUCUAACACUAAUAAUAAAUAAUAAUAAUAAUAAUGUACACUGUAUUUUAUCUUUCAUAUAUAUUUAUAUUGUAUUGCACUUAUUAAGGAAUCUGUUUGUGUCUGUGUUUUGUAAACUAAAGUGCUUUUCUGUCA